AUGGCUUUGGAAGACACCGGGAAGACGCCAGUGGAACCUGAGGUGGUGAUUCACCGGAUCUGAAUCACACUCACCAGCCGCACGUGAAGUCGCUGGAGAAGGUGUGUGAUCAGAGGCGCCAAGGAGAAGAACCUGAAAGUGAAGGGACCGGUGCGUUUGUCCACCAAGACCCUGAGAAUCACUACAAGGAAAAUACCUUGUGGUGAAGGUUCCAAGAUGUGGGAUUGUUUCCAAUUGAGAAUCCACAAGCGACUCAUUGACUUGCACAGCCCUUCUGAGAUUGUUAAAAAGAUUACUUCCAUCAGUAUUGAGCCGGGAGUGGAGGUUGAAGUCACUAUUGCAGAUGCCUAA